GAGAUGAUUCUGAAAAUGACCCAUGAGAGAGAAUGGCAGGUAUAAAUAUGGAGCAAAGAUUGAAGCCUAGGAUGCCAUACAGUGAUAACAUUCGAAGAAGAACAAGAACAAGAACAAGAACGAGAACAACGGCAGCUGUUUUCUUAUGUUUAACUUGAGAGCAAUGGUAGGCCAUUGGAGUUGGGGUUUGGUGGAAGAUGAAGUAUGGAGGAAGGGACCUUGGACUGCUGAGGAAGACAGGUUGCUUAUGGAAUAUGUCAGGAUAUAUGGUGAAGGAAGAUGGAACUCCGUGGCUCGGCUUACAGGAUUGAAGAGAAAUGGGAAGAGUUGCAGACUGAGAUGGGUAAACUAUCUAAGGCCGGACUUGAAGAGAGGACAGAUAACCCCACAUGAAGAGAGCAUAAUUCUCGAGCUUCAUGCUAGAUGGGGCAAUAGAUGGUCAAUGAUUGCUCGGAGCUUACCAGGACGAACGGAUAACGAAAUAAAGAACUACUGGAGGACCCAUUUCAAGAAAAAGGAAAAGGACAGUUCUGAUGCGAAUGGGAAAGCAAAAGCUCGCCUUCUCAGAAGGCAGCAAUUUCAUCAGCAACAACUGCAACAGCAGCAGCAGCAAUACAAUCCAAUGGACAUGAACAAAAUCAUGGCUCUACUAGAAGAACACGACAAAAACAACAUAUCAGAAGCUUUGUCUUCCUCUGCUUCAGAGACAGAGAAGAGACAAAACAUCACAAAUUUCCACUCACAAACAGCUAACAAUGAACAGAGUUUACUCUCUGAGCUCAAUACCAAUGGCUUUGUUCUACCUGAGAUGUUGAAUGAAGGGCUAGAAGUGGGAUGGGCUAUGGAGCUUGGUGGGUAUCCAUGGCAAUGGUAGCUUUACUA